AUGCAAUUACGUCAUCUUUUCUAUAAAGACAGAAACAUACGGAGGUGCCAUUCUUUUCCUUUCUAUGUCUCUUUCUAUCUAUAUAUCUCUUUUUCUCGUUAUGUUACUCUUCCCUCUCUUUUUUCUUUAUCUCUCUCUUUUCUCUCUCUCUUUUUCUCGUUAUGUUACUCUUCCCUCUCUUUUUUCUUUAUCUCUCUCUUUUCUCUCUCUCUUUCUCUCGUUAUGUUACGCUUCUCUCUCUUUUUUCUUUAUCUCUCUCUUUUCUCUCUCUCUUUCUCUCGUUAUGUUACGCUUCUCUCUCUUUUUCUUUAUCUCUCUCUUUUCUCUCUCUCUCUCUUUCUCUCGUUAUGUUACGCUUCUCUCUCUUUUUUCUUUAUCUCUCUCUCUUUUCUCUCUCUCUCUCUCUCUCUCUGUUCUUUCUUUUCUCUCUCUCGUUAUUUUUCUCUCUCGUUAUCUUACUCGUCUCUCUUUUUUCUUUCUCUCUCUCUUCUCUCUCUCCUAUUUUACUCUCCUCUUUUUCUCGCUGUCUUUCCUGUAUCCCUAUCUUACUCGUCUCUCCCACUCUCUCUCGUUAUCUUACUCGUCUCUAUCGCUAUCUUAGUCUUCUCUCCCUUUCUCUCUCUCUCUCUCUCUCUCUCUCUCUCUCGCUAUCUUACUGUUCUCUCUCUCGCUAUUUUACUCUUCUCUUUUUCUCGCUAUCUUACUCUUCUGCACCGCUAUUUUACUCUUCUCUCUCUCUCCCUCUCUCUCUCUCUCGCUAUCUUACUGUUCUCUCUCUCGCUAUUUUACUCUUCUCUUUUUCUCGCUAUCUUACUCUUCUGCACCGCUAUUUUACUCUUCUCUCUCUCUCUCUCUCUCUCGUUAUCUUACUCCUCUCUAUCGCUAUCUUACUCUUCUCUCUCUCGCCAUCUUAGUCUUCUCUCUCUCGCUAUUUUACUCUUCUCUUUUUCUCGCUAUCUUACUCUUCUGCACCGCUAUUUUACUCUUCUCUCUCUCUCUCUUUCUCUGUCUCUCUCUCUCGUUAUCUUACUCCUCUCUAUCGCUAUCUUACUCUUCUCUCUCUCGCCAUCUUAG